CGGAUCCGGACCUCUCCCCCUGAGUACGCGCUGAUCCGCUCCGGAUUUUCCCCGCAGCCCACGAAUAGCCCAGCUGAGUCGACUGGCAGGACUUGUUUACUGGAGAGACUAGCAGAAAGGAGAGACGGAAAGAGGGGGAACCUGAGGGAGAGCAAGCUCUAUACGGAACGGGAAUCCAAGUUUUUACACUUGACCCGUCUUUUAAAGUCUUUUUUGAUUCUUUACCUCAUCGUGUUUUGAUAUCGGAGACGGGAUACUGACUUUCUGUGUGCGUGUGUGUGUUUUUCUUUGAUUUCUAACUCCACCGCCGACACUGAACCCUCGUUUGUUUUGGAUUAGCUAGCUACCAUUAGCUGUUUUUCCCCGUCGGCUCACGUUAAUCUGAGAAAAACAGGCAGCGUGGUGAGUUUUCUCACUUCAAAGCAGCGUGCGGGUUCAUCAGAGCCGUCAUUUUAUGGUUUUUCCUCACAUGUUGGAUGUUGGAGAGGCAGCCUUCACCCCUCAAGUUUUCCUUCUUUGUUUUUUUUUCUCCCCGUUUUUUCUUUAUGGGUGUUCAUUCGUUUGCGGCGUGGUGGUCAGCGGGGGUGAAGGAGUUCAGAGGAAGGUCGUAGUAGAGAGAAAGCUGUGUCGCUGCUGCACGUUUUUCCUGCACGUAGGAGUUUCCUGGGAUGUGCUCCCAUCUAUCUUAAAAAGGGCGAGCUUCUGAGAAGAUACCAGCAAAGUGGGAAAAAUAAAAGGGACCUGUGGACUUCAAAAGGAGAGAGCGCAAACCCUGCCAACUGUCCUUCUUGGCUCUGUUCUGAUCCAUAUGGAGCACCAAGUGAACAGAUGAACGUGGACUGUCGCCUUCACUUAUGGAAAAUGAAGAUCUUUACUCGCACAUGUGUUGCCAGAACCCAAGAUCACGUUAUUUAGUGGUCUGCAUUUUUUCCGGGGCUCACAUACAUCAAAAACUUGGCUGGGGAGGAUACCCAUAAAUUUAUAACCAACUCCCCCCGAAUCAAGGGGGGCAACCUUGAAUUAGUUGGUUACGCUGAACCUUAAUUAAAAUAAUUUUUUUUUUUUAUACCUUUUGAUAUUCAAACAUUUUUUUUAGAUGAACAAUUCUCCCAAGUGAUUGGAGUCCUUUUACAUUGGGAAGCUUCAAGAGGACAGCACAACUUACCCUUAACUCAAAAUGAGACGCUGGACAAUAAAGUUGCGAGCACAAAUUGUGUUUUUUAUCAUCUGCACCUGCAUCAUCUGCCAGUGUGGACUUACAAACGGAGAAAUCUGCCAAAGCAAAGACAUCCGGAACAAUGUGACCAACCUCCAGUCACUGGAGAACUGCACCAUCAUCGAGGGCCACCUCAAGAUCCUGCUUAUGUUUAAGACCAAGACCGAUGACUUCCGAGGCCUCAGCUACCCUAAACUCAGAGUGGUGACAGACUACGUGCUGCUAUUCAGGGUCUAUGGCCUGGAUUCCCUCACCGAUCUCUUCCCCAACCUGACGGUGGUCCGAGGAAACAACCUCUUCUUCAACUACGCUCUGGUGAUUUACGAGAUGCUGCAGCUGAAGGAGGUGGGACUCCACAGUCUCAUGAACAUCACUCGAGGCGCUGUGAGAAUCGAGAAGAAUCCAGACCUGUGUUACCUGGCCACUCUGGAUUGGUCCAAGAUCCUAGACUCGGUGGAGGACAACUUCAUUGUGGCUAAUAAGAACGAUCGAGAGUGUGGAGAUGUGUGUCCUGGCACGGCUCAGGGUCAGACAAUCUGCUCGCAGAAUACCAUCAAUGGACACUUCAGGGGGCGAUGCUGGUCACAGAGCCACUGCCAGAGAAUGUGCUUGGACAACUGUAAGCAUGGUGCGUGUAGCCUCCAGGGUCAGUGCUGCCAUGACCAGUGCCUAGGCGGCUGUUCGGAGCCCGGUAAUGCAAGUAGCUGUGUGGCCUGCAGGAACCUCCAGCAUGGGAACACCUGCGUGGAGAAAUGUCCUGCUGGAUACUUCAUCUUCAGGGGCUGGCGCUGCGUCAGCUUCUCCUUCUGCCAGGAGCUCCACACCCAGUGCAAGCAGUCUAAGAAGCUGAACCAGAACCGGGAAUCGGGUUGCUACGAAUACGUCAUCCACAAUGGGGCCUGUAUUCCAGAGUGUCCUUCUGGAUACACCACCAUCAAUUCUACUACGUUGACCUGCUCACCAUGCGCAGGCCUGUGUCCUAAACUGUGUGUGGGAAACAAGACGAUCGACUCAGUUACCUCAGCCCAGGCUUUGAGAGGCUGCACUGUUCUCCAUGGCAGCAUGAUCAUCAAGAUUCGAGGAGGGACUAACAUUGCAGCGGAGUUGGAGGCUAGUUUGGGCCAGCUUGAGGAGAUCACAGGCUCCCUCACUGUUCGAAGAGCCUACGCCCUGGUCUCCCUCUCCUUCCUCCGCAAGCUACGCAUCAUCAGGGGGGAGCAUCUAGAAGCAGAUGUCUAUGCCUUCUAUGCGCUGGACAACCAGAACUUACGUGAACUGUGGGAUUGGUCCAAACACAACCUAACCAUCCAUAAUGGUCGGAUGUUCUUCCACUACAACUCCAAACUUUGCAUGUCUGAAAUCAGGAAGAUGGAGGAUGUGUCAGGAACAAAGGACCGCAACCAAAAGAAUGAUAUCGCUGUACGCAACAACGGGGACCAAGCCUCCUGUGAGACCAAGCUGCUGAAAUUCACUCUCGUAAAGACAACGUCGACUAUGAUUAUGUUGAGGUGGGAGCAAUUUUGGCCGUUGGACUUCAGAGACCUGCUGGGCUUCAUGGUUCUCUACAAAGAAGCUCCAUACAGGAAUGUGACGGAGUUCGAUGGACAGGACGCAUGUGGCUCUAACAGCUGGGCGAUCGCUGAUGUCGAGCCUCCGCCCCGUCCCACCGAGGCUAAGAAGUCUGAGGAUCCGGGGCAUCUGAUCCGACCUUUAAAACCCUGGACCCAGUAUGCCGUCAUGGUGAAAACCCAGCUGUCAGCUUCUGACGAGCACCAGGUUCACGGAGCUAAGAGCGAGAUCAUCUACGUCCGCACCAAUGCCUCCAAGCCCUCUGUACCUCUGGACCCCAUCUCCUCCUCCAACUCUUCCUCUCAGAUCAUCCUGAAGUGGAAGCCUCCCACCAGCCCCAAUGGCAACAUCACCCACUACCGGGUCAUCUGCCGUAAACAGUCCGAGGACAGCGACCUGUACAAGUUUGACUACUGCCUACAAGGAAUGAAGCUGCCUUCCCGCACUCCGACCCACCUGGACAGUGAGGACGAACAGAAGUGGAACCAUACAGAAGAACCCACCUCAGGGGGAAGGUGCUGCGCCUGCCCCAAGACAGACAAUCAGCUUAAGAAAGAGCAAGAGGAGAUAGAGUACCGCAAGACCUUUGAGAACUACCUCCACAAUGAAGUCUUUGAGAGCAGACCAUCCCGUCGGAGACGCUCAGUAGGGGUUGCAAACGGCACCCUCUUCCUCACCACAGCCCCCAGUCUGGUGUUUGGCUCCACCACAGGAAGCCCUUUAGAUGACAAUGAAGACAAGGAAGGAUCAAAGGUGGAGCUGAAGGUGUUUUCAAAGGAGUCAACCGUCAUCUCCAGCCUGCACCACUUUACUAGUUAUAAGAUUGAGAUCAUGGCCUGCAACCAUCCGACAGACCUCAAGCGCUGCAGCAUGGCUACCUAUGUCAGUGCUCGAACCAUGCCCGAGGAGAAAGCAGAUGACAUCCCAGGCACUGUGACCCAUGAGAUAGUGACGGCAGAGCCUCCCUAUGUGUUGAUUAAAUGGAACUCACCUCGCUCCCCCAAUGGCCUCAUCAUCCUGUACGAGGUGUUCUACAGGAAGGUUGGAGACUCAGAGACUCACACAGCUUGUGUGUCCCGACCGGCCUACCUCAAGACAGGUGGCACCAAGCUUUCACUUGUUCAGCCUGGAAACUACAGCGUCAGAGUCCGUGCCACCUCCCUGGCAGGAAAUGGCUCCUUUACAGAAACCACUCACUUCUUCAUGCCCAACCCUGAUCAAGGUUUGAUUUGGAUCGUGAUUGGCCCAGUCAUCUGCUUCAUUCUGUUGCUGAUCGUGGGAUGUGGAGUCUUUGUGAUCUUAAAGAAGAAGCAAACAGAAGGCCCGACAGGACCUCUCAUCGCCUCCUCAAACCCGGAGUACCUCAGUGCUAACGACGUAUACGUUCCUGAUGAGUGGGAGGUCCCCCGAGAUAAGAUCGUGCUUCUCAGAGAGCUGGGUCAGGGCACCUUCGGCAUGGUGUAUGAGGGAAUCGCCAAGGACAUCGUCAAAGGCGACCCGGACACACGCGUAGCCGUCAAGACGGUCAAUGAGUCGGCCAGUCUCAGAGAGAGGAUCGAGUUCCUCAACGAAGCCUCUGUUAUGAAAGCUUUCAGCUGUCACCAUGUGGUGCGUCUAUUAGGUGUGGUGUCUAAAGGUCAGCCCACUCUGGUAGUGAUGGAGCUGAUGACCCACGGUGACCUAAAGAGCUACCUGCGCAGUCUCAGGCCUGACUCUGAAAACAACCCAACAGGUCGCCCUCCUCCUACACUGAAGGACAUGAUCCAGAUGGCAGCAGAGAUUGCAGACGGCAUGGCAUACCUCAACGCCAAGAAGUUUGUGCACAGAGACCUGGCAGCCAGGAACUGCAUGGUGGCAGAAGACUACACUGUCAAGAUAGGAGACUUCGGUAUGACCCGAGACAUCUACGAGACCGACUACUACCGAAAAGGAGGGAAAGGUCUGCUCCCUGUCAGGUGGAUGGCUCCGGAGUCUCUAAAAGACGGAGUCUUCACUGCCCACUCUGACUGCUGGUCGUUUGGCGUUGUGCUGUGGGAGAUCAGCACGCUAGCAGAGCAGCCUUACCAGGGUCUAUCCAACGAACAGGUUCUAAAGUUCGUCAUGGAAGGAGGAUACCUGGACCGACCGGAGAACUGCCCGGAGAGGAUGCACAGCCUCAUGCAGAUGUCCUGGCAGUACAACCCCAAGAUGCGUCCGACGUUCCACGAGAUCAUUGAGAUGCUGCGGGAGGACCUGCACCCGUCUUUCCAGGAGUUCUCUUUCUUCUACAGUGAGGAGAACAAAGUUCCAGAGACAGAAGACUUUGACCUGGACCUGGACAACAUGGAGAGCAUCCCUCUGGACCCAUCUUCUUACUCACAUAGGGAGGAGUGCUUAGGCAGGGACAGCGGGCCCUCGGUGGCCCUCAGGGGGAACUAUGAGGAACAUGUCCCCUACACACACAUGAACGGUGGCAAGAAAAACGGACGAAUCUUAUCGUUGCCCAGAUCCAGCCCUUCCUAACAUUUCCUGUUUCCUAGAAGAACUUUUUAAAACCUUCUCCAUUUUUCCACUUCCCAUCCUUCUUUCUCUUCCAGUCAAUUUUUUUCUGUAUCCUUCAUGUUCCUCGCAUCAUUUUCUAAUGAUUUUCUUAUUCUUGGGGAACCUUUCAAAAAAACAACAACAACACAGAUCUCAGGACUUUUUAUUUUCUCACGGCUGCCGAAACACAGGCAAGCAAGGGAUGCAAACAUGUUGAAACACUUUUUUUACUUCCUCCACAACACAUCGGAUUUUUCUAUUACCAUAUAACCUAUCUAUUGUUUUUCACUAUUGCCACGUUUCCAGGACUCCAUGUGAGGGAAACAAGAAAAAAACUGUGAACACGACAAACCUUAGACAACCAAGAAGGCUGCUCAUGCUCAACCUCCUCAAGACUCAUCCCUCCCUCCUCUCCCCCACCGAUCUGCAUUUCCACAUUUCUGUGCUUUGUGUUUUUCUCUCCAAGUGAAAUCUUGUUACUCAGAUAGUGGCCUUUUUGUACGUGGCCUAUAAACAAAGAAAAGUGUCUAACAGCGCUUAUACUAAUUUUUCCUCUUUUUCUUUUUGAACAAUGACUUAAUCAGUUUGGAACAGUGGGAUGACUUGCAAAGACUUGAUCCUAGAACAAACAUCUAUUCCUAGAGGAAUUAUUUUUGUUUUGUUUUGUUUUGUUUUUGGUUCUGCAGAAUUCCAAACUACACACAGAUUCAUCGGGUGUUUGGUGAAUAGUUUUAAUUUAUUCGCUUUUUUUGUUGUUUUCUCUUUUCUUCUUCUCUUCUUUUCAGUUGUAUUUCUGUGUCCUCACUAUAUGGCUGAAGGAUAUUUAAACAGUUAAGAAUUGGACUAAAGAGUUCCUCAGACUGACCAAUAGCUGCUGCUUUGAUAUAUUUUAGUGGGUAUAGAAAUAUAUAAAUAUAUAAUAUAUAUAGUAUAUAUGGGAUAUUGGUGCCUAUGUACCAAUGUUUUAUAUAUAAUACAUGACAUAUUGAUGUUUUUGUAAAUAGUUCAUAUUUGUAAGAUUUUUCAUCAGAAGCUUUGCUGGUAUUUUUGUUUUGCCAGGUUUUUUUUUCUUUUUCUGGUUUUUAAAAUUUUCUUAAUUUUAUAGCCCCAGAAAUCACACUAAUCUACCAUCAGUGCUCUCUGUGUCUUAGGCCUCCAAAGCCCUGAAAUAUUGUCAACUCACUGCACCAUUUUUUAUAAACCUCAGUCCCACUGAGAGCUGUCAAUAUUUGGAGGCAGUUUUACUACAACAACAACAACAACAACAACGGGGAAAAAAACAAAAACAAAAAAAUGGAAUAACCAAAAAAAAAGCUUUACAAAAGGGGAAUGAGGUCUUUCUAGGUGGAUGUGCACCUGACGUGUGUGUCAGUUUCUGUGUCUGCUGUCUCUCUCUCUAUUCGGGUCACGCGGGAGCUGAAGUCUUUAUGUGUCUGUUAUCACAGGUUUGUUGCGUCUUUCACGUGGUUGUUGUUAAUUAUCAGCGAGGUUAGAGAGUUCGGAGAGCUUCUUCCUUCCGUGAUCGUAGCUCUGUGUGUUGGUGAUGACUUAUCAGUUGUGUGGGCGCUGCUAGGGUCAGGGCAGGGUGAAGAGAACACCACCCACUUUAAAGUGGACAACAAGGCCCUUCUUUUUUUUUAAAGUGUCUUUAUCGCAAUAGCCCUCAUGGUUUAGGGUCAGAGAGCAGUAGCAUUCCCUCCCUAUCUGACCUGCAAUCUGUCAUUCGAACGGAAGGCUCUCUUAAUUUUAAACACUCUCUUUGUUAGCUUUCCUCUGCACCACACACACCUCCUCAGCUCUCCCCAUUGGCUGCUGAGCUCACUGCUCAAAAUGGGGCUGCUGGAAAUUUCCACGUUUUGUGGUCGAGGGCUGGAGAAAAAUACGGAAAGUUCCAACUGUGUUCAGAGUCCACAGCAGGUAGAGGAGAGAGAGAGGGAGAGGGGCAGUCUCUCUGUGCCUCUCUAUCUUUCACUGUCUGAAAGAGAGGGAGUGUGUGAGUGAUUGUUAAUCCUAUUAUUUUCCCUGCUAUCACAUGCAGUUGGGUAGUCAGGAGGACACAGUGUGCAGCAGCUAUUUUGCUCAGGUCUGACAUUACAGGGUUUAGUUGGGACUGCUUGUUCCCUCAUCUCCUCUGUUUUUGCCUGCCUGCUGGCAAAGCUGAUAUCAUCAACAUGCGCCAUCAAAAUCAGAACACAGGAAAGACUGUUUCUUGCUCAAUAAUUGAAUAUCUGAAGUUUCUCGCCCCUUAUGCAUUGGAAACAUUCCUGUGACCCUUACACUAAGUCUUCAAUAGGUCUUUUAAGAUCAUAAAGUCCUUCAUUUGGAGCCCAGAAGCCGCCACGCGUCACACAGCAGAUCUAGUCCUCCUCACUCUGUAACCACAGCCUCCGAUGACGCAGGUUAGCGAAAGUCAGCAGACAUGUAGAGAUGAACUUUUUUGUCAAUCUUCUGGACACACAGACCGGUGUGGUUGCCAAUCUAGCCCGAGCAGCAUUCAGCACUUAUAGUUUAGCCAAAGUGUCGGCAGCUUUCUGUCAACAACCAGAAUCCGCAGAAUCGGUCAGAGAAAGCAGAGAAGCUGCCUCCAUGUUUUAAACCAGUGCCUUCUCAAACCCAGAGCCACGUUCAGACUAGUUGUAACAGCUAGUAACACACACAGACACACACACAAAGACACACAUACAUAGACAGGCCUCUGUGCUCUCUCUGUAUUCUCUCACAAGGAAGGAGACACGCAGGAUCAAACCUGCAUCUUCAUUCGUGUUUUAUGGUUACGACUUUGUUCCUCGCUGUUAAAGUCAAAAGAAGUAACGGGGCUUUUUGCAAACAUUUGUAAUGUUUCACUCAAGCUUGUUGCCAGCGUAUGGUUUGAACACUGAUGUUCACCUGGUGCUUUAGCAGCAACACUGUGGAUUGGCCGGAGUCUGUCGGCACUUGGAUGGGCACCUGAGGUUAUGAUGUAGAUUUAAGCUAAUUAGUCUGAGGAGUUACAAUCUUGGGCUUUUGUACUUUGUAAAUAAUCUGUGACAUAGUUUGGAAAAUAAAAGCAGAAGAAAAAAGAUGUAUAAAAAAAAUUACAACGCCCGUCAGUUUUGCAUACAUGAAAAAUGGUGGAACUCGGCUGCGUCAGACUUUCAUACUACUUCCUUUGUCUGAAUCCUUACCUUAAAAGUACACUGUUUAAGCUCUUCUUUGUACGUAAUCUUCCAGGAACACACUACAGAGUAAACAAACCUUGUUGGACUCGGUAUGUAGUAUGAAAGUGGGAUGAAGUUUUAGUUUCCACUUUGACCUAGGUUGCUUAUCUUGUGGUGUUCACACGCAUAUGCAAUUUUUAAUUAAGAUGGUGCCCAUAUCUUUGAAAUACCAGAUAUUUAUUUUAUUAUGAUCAUUGUCAUUGUAUAAGAAGAACACAGUUAGCUUUUUAGUCGUGCAUUUUUAAGGUGUUUGAGAGUGAAGCGAUGUAAAAGUUUGUUAUUGUACAGCUGGAGUAGCUGGUUGGUGAGCAGCAGGAGUGCUAGUUAGUUAGUAAGUUAGUUAGUGAAUUAGUUAGUUAGUUAGUAUGUAAUUGUUGUCGUCUUUGUGUUUGGCCAGAGUCUACCUCAGUGCAUAUGGAAUAAUCAGUCUAAAGAGCCUAAAUCAUCCCUGUCAGUCAUUCAGUACCCAUCAUGUCUAAUGAUAUCACAUAAUCAAACAUUACCAACACUGCUUAUCAAUUCCUCUCCCCUGUGGCGUCUUGAAACCCCUCUGCCUUCUUGUUUCCUCAGUUUAUGUCUUCUUCUUUCUCCCUGGGGGAAGCUUUCAUCCAUCCCUGAAUUGUGUGGAAAUAAUUAGUUGAUGAGUCCUUAAAAUGUCGUCCCUCUGUUUAAAUUUCAGAACAAGCUUUCAGGAUGUAGAAGUAUUAUUCCUCUCUUUAUAGAUUUAAGCCCUUGCACUUAUUUAAUUUGAAAAAUCAGGCAGUAAAUUGUCUUCAUCAACAAUCGUUUUUGUUUUCGUUGUUCGUAAAAAUGACCCACACAAAGCUUCCCCUGGGCGCUGGAAGAAGCCGUGUAGCUUUAUCCUGCACUCCCCUUUUUUCUACAACACCAUUGUGCUUAACUUGUAAAAGUAGUUCUUGGGCUCUCACUUAAUAUCUGAGAUCACUGAGCUCACACCUGGACCCACCUUGACCCUCUAAAAGUCACAUCAAAACUGAACCUGUUGACUCUCAGAAAGCCCACCUCCUCUCCGUCAGUCUGUCACUCAGUCUCUAAACAGUUAGCGCUCAAAUCCCACGUCUCCUCUGCUCCUUGUUGGUGUGUUUGUUUGUUUCUCUGUUCUGAUUUUUGUUGUGUAUGUAUAUUAUUUUCUACUGUGAAUAACAAGAGAUGACCUUUAUUUUCUGUCAAUGCCAUGGAUUGGUUAUGUUUUGGCUGAUCAGGACUCUGACAUCUGGUCUGGUUAGAAAAAUGUUUUAAAGUGGAGGACCCCCCUCUCUCUCUUGAGAGAAGAUUUUUAAAAAGCUGGACUGGGACAAUCCUGUGUGCCAUAAUAACUAUUAAGACAUGAAAUCUAGAUUGUAACUUUUCGUCUCAGGGAGGCGGCCUGAUGCUUUUUUUUUAUUUUUUAUGGGAGGAUAAAUAUGAUGAUUAGGAAGAGGAGCGACCUACCUACCUUUUAUCUACUCUGACUGAAGCGCAUGUUCUCAGCAUCCUUGUGAGAACAAAACAAACGUACUCUCUAUUAAAAAAUCUACCAAAUCUCUCUACCCUAAUGAAGCUCUAAAGUGAUGUGGUCUGGACUGCCCUCUAGUGGUUGGAUGGGAGCAUUGCAGGUCAGCGGUGGCAAAGCAAACAGGGCCACAACGACCCACAGUGCCUUGCUUAGACUAACAGCCCACCUGCCCCCCCCUCCAACUUAAAGCAGAACCACCACUGACUGGCAUGUCUCCACCACUGCAUUAAAUAGGAGUUUCAUCCUCUGAACAUGGAAUGAAAAAACAGAUAUUGUUUUGAUGUAUUCUCUAACAGCUUGGUCGUAAAAUACUGUAGUUCGGAUAUGACUGAUGAUUUCUAAAGAACAUUUUGAACUUAUGUCUCUACCUUGCUAAGCCCUGGCUUGCUUUGUGCAUGGAAAAUGAAUUAUCUAUACCAGAGAGUAGCUUGAUAAUUUCUUACUCACUGAUUUUGCAUCUCAUCAGUCUUUGUUAACGGCAGCGACGCCCCAAAGCACAUGCAAAAAACCCACAAUUCGCAGCAAAUGAUUGCAUUACAAAUGGGGUUUUCCGCUUGGACUGACGUCAGAAGUUCCAUGACUUUCAAAAAAACAAGAAUUGAUUAAUAAGCUCUUAACUGUAAAUAGCAGGAGAUCCCCUUUGCCCCUGGAAAACGAAAGCACUUGACUUUAGGGAAGUUUAGGUUUGUUUUGUUCAACUCUGAUGACCUAAAACGCGGUUGGACAGAGCAUGCUCGUAAUGCAGCGCAGGGUGAGAACAAAGCAUUGUAUGUAUUAUUGUUUUGUUUAAAAGAAAAGAAAAAAGUAUUACAUUUUAGAGAUGUUGAUUUCUAUUUUUUUUAGCCAAAGUAUGGAGGGCAAAUACAAUUACUUUUUCUGACUGUAAACUUUUACUACUCUUGUACAUUUUGAAUUUAACAUUGUUAUCAAUGUGUAUAUAACUUUUUUUCUCAAUUUAAAAGAUAGAUGUUUUGUUUUACACAGAGCAAAGAGCAGAGUCGAGUCUGUCAUUGUAUUUAAACGGAGCUGCACAACUCCAGUCUGAGGGCUUAACUCUGUGUAAUAAGGCAUAAACAGUAUGUGGCCUGAAUUGUUCGCAAUGAUCCCUGCUAUUGACCCGAUGCAUGUUCCAAAUGGAAGUCGACAACAAGUCGCUCAUGUCACCUGCCCUAUGCGUAACAGCAGCAUGUCACCUGUAAAGCCUUUCUUGUGUCACAGAUACGUCACCUGUCACAGAUGUUAUUGUAUGAAACUGUUUCUGACAAGAGACGUGUGUUUAGUUUGAAAGUUUUUUUUCUUUUGUUUUAUGUUUUUUUUGUAAGUGAAAACUGGAAAAGACCACUGCACAUCCUUUUUGAAGAAGAGGAAUACGAGUGAUGAAAUCCUGAAUAAGCUACAAAAAUUUAACUGAUGGUUCAACGACUUUCCGUCUUUAGAUGUAGACUGUAAAGUUUGGGGUGUUACAGGAAGAGGAAGAGAGUUUUUGGGAAAUGUUUGUUUUCUUGCCCGGAGGUAGAAGAAAAGAAACAGAAAAUAAGACGCAGCAAAUAGUUAGCGUUAGCUUUGCAUUAAAGGGUAACUAAACCCCCUAGUUUCGGCUGAAGAGUAUCUACCCAGCAAUUUUUUUAAUUUUGCCAUUGGAACGUCAAUGUAUCAAUUUGGACAGGGCGUGAGUGUAGGUUAUAUAGGGUAUGAUGACAGGCGCAAGUACCAAAUAAUGUCACCGUGAACUCAGCCAGCCAUUAGAAAAUCUCCAUUGCAGUAGUCAGGUCUCGACCUGCAGAUGGCAGUCUCCACACACAUUCUCAACACAAUUUGAGGAAUUUUAAUACUUUAUGCUCAACUGCUGGGAUCAAGACCCACAUUGAUUAACAGCACUACUCAAUCCCUAAAUAUGUUUUCAGCUAAAAAAAAAAAAAAAAUAGCGGUUUGGGGUUUAGUUACACUUUAAGUACAGAAAAUAGUGGGAAACGGCUAGCCUUGCUCUGUCAACAGUCACAAAUUAUUUUACACAAAAAAAUUAUAAUUGAAAACAUAUCUAAAUAUGAAAUACUCUUAAAGUUGGAAGUGUACAAAGGUGACUUUGUAGUCUUGUUAGAGGGUUUUACACGACCUAGCUUCCCGAAUGGGAACAGUAACUUUCACGUUCCCUUUGGUUGCCAGACAAUGAGGUUGAGAUUAUGAGGUUCAGCAUGUUUAUAAAUGUAAACGAUUCCAGAAAUGAUUGCAGGAAAAACAUUUUGGUAAGGGCUAACCCAUUUCCAUUGUGCUAAGCUAGGCUAACUAGCUGCUAGCUUUAGCCUUUAUUUGACUGACAGCGAACAAGCGUAUUUCCCAAACUCUUCCUUCUAAAGAAGUUCAGCACAAAGGUGAUACACCUUCAAGCAAUGAAUGAAUUGAGUACUGUCUGUCAGUAGUGUAAUGAUGAACUGUUCAUAUGUGUGUUAGCGAUUAGGGAGAGAUCCUCCAUUGUUUAAAGACAGACAGUGGGGGGCUUGGCCGGUGUGGUGAUGACCCUGUUUUUGGGACGACAAAUCUGAGGAAAAGCUGCCUCUUCUUCAGUUUUUACAAGUCAUCUGUCGGUCCAGUGGUCUGCUCCAGUUUACACACAGAUCUCCUCUAUUUAUCUCUGUCCUGUCCCCUGUACUGUGUGUUGUUCAAAACUAUGGAGUCGUGUCUGUGUUGUCCUUGGUUAAAGUCGUUAUCACAGCUUUCCUGUCUCUGAUUGCUGCUCCUCCUCCUCCUCCUCUUUUCCUCCUCUCUGUGUCCUUUUCUUUCUCUCCUCAGUGCACAUAGGUGGUCCCCAGAAUGCUGUGUGUAGUCUUGCAGGAUACCUCUUUAUUAAUGUCAUUUAUUGCCGAUGAAUAUGCUGAUGUAUUAAUUUUUGGGAUAUGUUGUGUAUACAUUAUGUUGAGACAUCAGUGUGUAUGCAGACAGCAGGUGUAUAUGUGUGUAUGUACAGUCCGAGACCCGCAACCCGCAGAGAUCGCUUCAUCCCUCACACUGGAUCCAAAUGUGCCAUUAUCUUUAUGUAUAUCAACAUAUUUAACACACACACACACACACACAUACACAAACACACACAGAGACAGAAAUACAUGCAUAUUGUACAGGAUCAAAAAUGUGCCAUGACUAAAUAAACGCUUGACAAUUUAUUUUUUCUAUGUUUUCAAAGGAGAGCCAAGUAGUGACAUGUACAGAAAAUGUUGCAAUGAUAUGAAAAUAAAAAUCUUGCUGUGUGUAAAUUAUUCAACAAUUAACUGUUUAUAUUAAAAUUAUGAAUAAAAUUAUUGGAGAAUA